AUGACGGCAACAAACAACAACAGCAACUAUAUCAUUUCUGAUGAAAAAGUUAUUGAUUCAUUAGUUGAGGAAUUAGUUGUGGCAGAAACUAAAACCCUCAACGAAAGAAUUGGUGAAAACAAGAUUGAUUUACAUAACUACCUCAAACAUGAUGGAGGAAGAGGAAGGAAAACUGGUAUGGCUUUAUUAGUAAAUAAAAUUUCAAAUUUAACGAUUAUAGAUGUUGAUAUCAAUAAAUCGUACAAUGAUGAACUUAAAGAAACAGUUAGAAAAGACAUUUUAUCAAAACUUUCGGAUAAAGAUGUUAUCGUUAAAACCGCUUCAGGAGGUCUUCACAUUUAUUGCAACACUAAUUUCUUCUAUGCAGUUUCGAACAGAAUGAUUAAAUGUUAUUCCUGCAAUGAUUAUGAUAUUGACAUAAUGACUUCUAUGGAUGAUUCAAAGCGUUCAUUAGUAGUCAUGGCUGAUUCAAGAGUUCGCAAGAAUGCAACAGAACCAAUCAAUACAUACUCAUUCAUUCGUGGAAGUUAUGAUUCAACAUUAACCAGAACAGUAAACGAUAUAUUAAAUGAUUUGAAUAUUAAGGUAAGAGUUGAACAGAAGAAUGAAGAAAUAAAGAGUAUAAUGAAUGAAAACAAAGAUGUAAACAUUGACGAUAAACUUGCCCAGAGCAUAGUUGAUGGCAUCUGUGAUUUUGAAGUACAUAAUGAUGGUGGAAACAUGAAUUUAGAAAAAGAAAUAACAUUAUUUACACUGUUUCAAGCAAUUAAUUCGUUACCUAAUCAUUUAAUUAAUGAAGCCUACGAUAACGUUUAUAACUUCUGCAGUUUAACAGAAAAUGCAAAAAGUAAUUUUGAAAAAGCACGUGGUAGAUAUGCACAUUUAAUGACUUCUCCAUUUGUUUUGGUGAAGAUUCUAAAACUAUACCAAAAGGAAUAUUAUGAUGAAUAUGUUUUACCUUUAUUACGUAAGCCAAAAAUAACAUUUGAUAUAAAACUUGAUGACACGUUUUUGAUAACAGAUAUUAGACGCAAGGCUGAAAAUCAUCAGUAUAAAAACAGUUCUGAAGUAAUUGAGGAUUUAUCACGUGUAAUCCGUUUUGUAGAUUGUGGAAACAAAUAUUUCAUUCAAAAGGACUAUAAUAUCCACGACAAAAUGAAUCAAAUAUCAUUCGUUCUUCAGUCAAACAUGAAAGAGUCACUCAAAAUGAUUAAAUUAUUUAAAGAAGAAGGUAAAACCAUAACAGCAUGGGACGUACUAUUAAAUCAAUUAUCCUCAUUAACCGUUAAGGGCGUUUGCUUUAAAUCUGAUUCCCCCGAUGUUUUCUCAACGUUUCAAGGUUAUAAAUACAACAUUCUUGAAAAGCCUGAUUACUCAAAAAUUGAGAUGUUUAUGGAUUUCAUUAAAGAAGCCAUUUGUGAUAAUAACGAUGAAAUGUAUAAAUACCUUCUCGGCUAG